CAAAAUUGAAAUACACCGAUGUGAAUGAACGUAUCAACUGGCAGAAAAAAAUAUUUAUUAAAACGAAAUGAAAUACAUAUGUAUAGCAACAAGAGACAAAGCGUUAAAUUCCUAUAAAAAGCAUCUUUAGUUUGCGAACAAAGUUUAAUCAGUUAAAAAAGCUCAACAAGGUGACAACGUGCGACUGUUUUAGCUGUAUUUGAUUGCAGUAAACAGAAAUCAGAAAUAGGAAAAUACGAAAAAAAAGUAAAAAAGAAACAAAAACGAUUAUCAAAUAUAGAAGUUGUUCGAGUGCAAACAUAGCUGAAGCUGAAGCUGGCUGGCUACAACGAACAGUCGGACCAUCGAUUUGGCGAUUGAAGGCGCGCGGCGAUGCGUUGCAAUGCGUGUUGAGUGUCAAUAAAGGAGUAACCAGCUGAUCGGGAGUAUCUAAGUGUGUGUGUGUGUGCGUGUGUGUGUGUGCGCGCGAGCACGGUUUUUGGCGAAUGAACUCACGGUGUUUUGCAUUGUGAAAACAAAAGACUUAAGCGACAAACUUGCUGAGAGUUUUUCUUCAAAGCAAAUAAACUUUAAGUGCACUUUGCAAAAAUCACAAAAAAAAACAAAAAAACUAAGAAGAGUGUGAAGAAACUGUUGAAUUGCGCGAUAAUUGCAAAAAUGAUAAAUUGAAUUGCUACUUUUAUGACGAGUAAAUCACCGUUAGCUCCAUAUUAUAACACACAUACAACUUAGCAAACAUUCGACAUCUGUAGAACAACAGAAAAAUAGCAACAUAAAAUGUGGUAUCAUCAACUACCAAUGCGCUUCUGUGCCGCGCUCACCUUCCUACUCGCCGCGAAUGCUGCACAGUUGCCACACUACUCGCAAAAUGCACCCUUACGUUACUACCACUACCCGACGCCGCGGCAUCAGCUCACCUUUCCCCAACAUUCGCAACAUCAACAGCGGCAUCAACAGCCAUAUCAACCAAACUACAUCAGCUAUGCGCAAACGCACCAAAGUUAUGUGCAGCAGCAGACGCGGCCACAGUACCACCAACAACAACAACAACAAACAUAUCGCACACAAUCCUCACAACCAGCAACUUCAUAUUAUCACAACUCACAGCAUCUGCCAGCCUCAGUAACGCAGAAAUUUGCUGCGCCAGCAUUGGAGAAUGUCGCAUUCACAUCGGCCUUGACCAAUCAAGGUUACACAUACGGCGGCAGCAGCAGGGGCAGUAAUGCGGCAUCAUCAGUUUCCUCUGCACGCGCGCUACCCGCGUCCGCUGCAAUGGCGCUGCCUUCGUCCCUAGUGGAAGCUGUAGCUGCUGGCAAUGAUAUAGCACCCGAAGGCGCAAUUGACACAUCGGAUGCUUCCGUCAAUUUGAAAUUGCCGCUGCCGGUCAAUAUAGCGCCGAUCAAGGUCGAACCGCUGCCGCUGCAAGAGGGCGCUUCCUUCAAUGAGUUAGCGAAUGGCGUGACCUCUUACGGUACGGUGUAUCCACAGCGCAAGCGGAAAUGAAAACGAACGACAGUGAACGAGCAAGGGGAAUGGGUAAUGUUGGAUGUGCUGUGCUGGUGGAGGGAACGCGUGUGCGGCGAAGAGAGGCUCUUUCAUUUUGUUUACAUAAGAUGUGGUUAAUGUGGCAACGCCCCAACAGCCAACAGUCAUCACCAAUCACCACUCACCACUCACCACUCACCAGCCACCAGCCACCAAUCUUAGUUUAAGGUCUUCUCCUUAGAGCGCUAAUUUGCUAUUUCGAUAAUUAUUUAUAAGUAACUGAUGAUUAUAUGUUUCUAACGCGAUCUGUCGAUAAGUUCCAUCGAAAAGGUGAUGCGGCAGCAGAAGCCGAAAUGAAAUUCUUCUAUACAUGCGCGCAUUGCAUUGAGCAAGUCAGUAAACUCGUAUGAUAUGUUAAUUAAAUUUAAUUUUUAUUUUUAGGCCAUUAAAUUUUUAUUUUUUUUUAUGAACUCUUUUGUUUAAAAAAAAAAAUCAUUUGUUUUUCUGUCUGUUUUGUAUCACUCUCAUUUUGUGCGAAUGUAUUUAGCUUUACAUGUGGUUAAAAUUAAAAACAAAAUACAUACUUGCCAUAUUAUUUACAUACCGACAAAUACAAAAUAAAAAUGAAAAAAAAAAAUAAAAAUACACAGCAAAAGACGAGCGUGUGACUUUUUCUCGAAAAUUUGCAAAUUAGUAACAUUAACGAAUUAAUCCGUUCACUUUGU